AUGGGAGAGUGGGGGUUCUUGAGCUCCCUUCUGGAUGCGGUCCAGGAGCAUUCGCCCAUGGUGGGACGAUUCUGGCUGGUGGUGAUGCUCAUCUUCCGCAUCCUGAUCUUGGCCACGGUGGGCAGUGACGUCUUCGACGACGAGCAGGAAGAGUUCGACUGUAACACGCGGCAGGUAGGGUGCAAGCAGAUUUGCUACGACCUGGCCUUCCCCAUCUCCCACUACCGCUUCUGGGUCUUCCACAUCGUGGUCCUCUCUGCCCCCGCCGUCCUCUUUGUCAUCUAUUCCAUGCACCAGACCACAAAGAUCAACCGUAGCCAGGAAGAAGUCGAAGAGGAGGGAAGUAACAAGGCGGGGCUGAAGAGCCAACCGCACUUCAAGCUGCAGCCCAAUCAACGCACCCAAAACAUCCAGACCUUUUACAUAGUCAACGUCGUGGUAAGGAUCUUGGCCGAGAUUGGCUUCCUUGUAGGGCAGUGGAUGCUGUAUGGCUUCCAUGUGGGGUACCAGUACAUCUGCAAACAUCCUAUGUGCCCUCACCUGAUCGACUGCUUUGUCUCUCGUCCCACCGAGAAGACCAUCUUCAUCCAGUUCUACUUCAUGGUGGGGCUGGUUUCAGCUUUGCUCAGCCUGGUGGAGUUGGCGCAUCUCCUGCUCAAGGGCCGGUGCAGGCGACGCCGAGCCAUCGCCCCUCCUGCCUCUGCCUCUUAUGAACAGCAGGACAAUUGGUCCAAUCAGAAACACGAGAAAUCUCAGCACUUUCUGGGCACCACCGUCGAUGGGGCCAACGAGGCGCCGGUUCACGAUGGGCUUCCUAACUGCUAUGAGCCCCCGGCCCACUUCCAUCACAAGAACUCCACCAAGAGCAGCAGAUCUUCUCGCUCUUCUGCCAGAGCUGACUUGACAGUGUAA